AUGACGUCCCUUGAGCAUGAUGCCUGGACGGCGGCUACACAGCAGUCGGUGAUGGACGGCGGAAUGGCGAACUUGCGCGACUGCAGCGACGAUGCCAUGAAGCGAAGCAGCGGUCAAGCAUUUAUUUAUGUGUCGACGUCACGCCACCGGACCGGACGACGAGCGGACAUCGGUGAUGAGCGACAAGCGACGACGACGAAUAUCAACAACAGCAACAACAAACGCAAAAAGAUCGGUGGAUAUGAGGAGCAAAUCCGUUAA